AUGGGCCCAAAUAACAAGGGCUCUGUCAGUGAAGCAUGGUUUGAGUCUCAUGCUUUGUCUCCUCCCCACCCAUUAAAGUACAACGAGCUGCCAAUUCCUUUACCUGAAAAGGGAGGUGGAGAUGUGAUAACGACCAUCUCUCAACGAUCCGAAAGAGUGGAUCCCGAUCUCGAGAAUCUUAAAUCACUCGCCGUCAGUAGGCCAAUAUUGAAGUCAGCUCCUCCCAGAGAAAGUAGCUUAACGGACAUCUUAGUUAGGAAAGCUUUAUCGUCUUCCUCUUCAGCCUAUACGGUGGAUCCUCAAAUACUUGUUGAGCUCUUCUCCAUUUACCGUGAAUGGCAAGAUAGCAAAGCUCAAGAUAUUACCAACAGACAGGAAGAUAUAGAAAACAAGAUAGAAGUGGCAGAUGCUUUGGCUUCUAAACUUCUACAGAGGUUUAACCACUCCGUUUCUGCUAUGAGGACCACUUCCCACCAUUUAUCUCAAGUUAAUGGGUUGCAGGUGGAGCUUGGGGACCUCAAAGGAAGGUUGACAGAGGUGAUCAACAACUGCGAUACCUUAUGUAAAAGAAUUAAUGCUGAGGGGCCUCAAUCUCUCAGGUCAACAGUGACGCCAUUUACUCUUGCACCACCUGAUUCGGGAAGUUAUUAUAUAAUACGCUUUGUUUUGCCUUUGAUACAAAAACAAAAUCCAGAGUGGAUGAUGAUGAUUUGCAGCUUAUCGACUUGAGCAGCUUUGAAACAAGAAAAUGGAAAAACUUGAAACAGAUUUUUAGAUCCAGAUACAAACAACGAAAAGGCAGAUAAUGAUAAGACUCUUUUUUGGAGAUUAAGAGUGCUGCUGAGCGUCCAAGUAACCAGCAUCAACAAGCACUUUCUCCCUCCUAGUGAUAUCUUGCAUAUUUGUAUUGUUUUAAGUUUCCAUUUUGUACAUAAUGAUCAUAUAGAGUAAGAGUUUAGCGUCUUUAUGAUCCAUUUUGCAUUCAUAUGUCUUAAUCAGGUAUUAGAGUGACUUAUGGAGUGAUUGGAGGUGUUUAGAGACAUGAGAGUUAAAGAAAAGAAGAAAAUGAAGUUUAGUUCGAGUUCAAGCCAGUUCAACUCGGGGAGAACCAGUGCGGGUUAGUUUACCCGCGUCGAGAUGUCGAGAAGAACAGAGUGAAGAACUUCAACGCGGCUUGGAGCAACGCGGGGUCGAGUACCCGCUCGCACAAGCUAGAAGAGUCAUCAGAAAUCCAGUGCGGGAAGAUGACGCGGGUUGGUGUCGAUCGUCUCAACCCGCGUCACGAAGAGGCGGGACGGAGCCACGCGGGAUCGACUACCCGCGCGCAUGACGAGAGAGUAGCCUCGACAGUCUGACGCGGGACGAAGGCCGCGGGUUCCAUUACCCGCGCGCAUGACGGGAAAGAUCGGCAACUGUCUGACGCGGGAUGAAGGCCGCGGGUUCCACUACCCGCGCGCAUGAAGCAGAAGAUCAGCGAGCAUCCGAUGCGGGUUGUGUGACGCGGGGUAUGCCCAGUCGCUCCAACCCGAGUCGAUACUUUACCUUAGUCGAAUUUUAAUAUUUUCAAGGGCUUUUUAGACUUUUUAAUGGAAACCAUUAGGUUUACCAAAGACAUAUAAAUACCCCUUUGUAAUCCCAAGAGGGGAUCUUAUCUUGUUUUCUAUCACAAUAAGAAAUAACUUUUAGGUGAA